CAGAUAAUACUGAAACAGUUAUAGAAACAUAUAAAAGAAUUAUCAAAGAAUCAGAAGCUAUAGCAGAAAAGACAAAUAGGCAGGUUGAUAUGCGGAAAUCAGAAACAUCAACCGGCGCUCUAGUAUUUGCAGAAAAAUAUGAAGGAGAAGCUAAUCAAUAUGAUGUAAAUUCAAUGUAUAUAUAUGAAAUAUUAAAGAAAGAAGCAUCAUGGCCAAUUGCACCAGCAACAAUAGAAGGAAAUCCACUGAAGAAAAGUCUCCAAUGUACAAGAUAUUUGCGAUAUAAUCCACAUGGGAUUUAUACACAUUAUGAUUUAGAAUGUACUAAGAAAAAUGGUCUAAAAGUAUAUUUAAUGAAUGAUUCUCCAAAUGCGAUUAUAUAUGAAAUAAGUACACGUAUUACUGGAAGUGAUAUGUUUGGAAAAUGGGAUAAUAUACUAUACAACAUUAAGAAAGAAGGUGGAACAACAGGAAAAGUAAGUAAAGUAUUAUUGGUUUCAUUAUGGGGAGCAUUAUGCGAACAAAGAAAUGGACAAAAUUAUGGAGUACAUCUACGAAUAAAACCAUUCUUAUUAGCAUCUGCACGAAAAAGAAUAUCAGAAAUUGUGAAACCAUUAAGAAAUCGAGUAAAGCGCAUUCAUACGGAUGAAUUUAUAGUAGCAGGACAAGUAAAUCUCAAAACAGGCAUAGAAAUGGGGGAGCUAAAAUUCGAGAAAAGAGGAGUUUAUUUUGAAAAAAUACAACAAGAUAAAGAGCAGAAUACAAAGUUAACAGUAAAAA